UUAUUUUCAAACAACGAAACGCACAUUUCUAUUAAGUUACUGUGCUGUAUCAGUCAGUCCUAUCAUCAAAUGGCAAGCAUGGAAAACGAAAUAGCCCACGAUUUUUCUCCUCUCCUCAAAGUCUACAAAGACGGCCGACUGGAGCGCCUCACCGGGACAGCCACCGUCCCCCCUUCCCUUGACCCCAGAACCGGCGUUCACUCAAACGAUGUCGCAAUCUCUUCCGAAGCCGGUGUAUCUGCUCGGCUUUACCUCCCUGCUAAACCCGACGUAACCACCGACCUGACCCGAAGAGUCCCUCUCCUCGUUUACUUCCACGGUGGUGGCUUCUGCGUCGAAUCCGCCGCCUCUCCUGUUUACCACAACUACCUCAACUCCUUAUCAUCUCAAGGAAGCAUCUUCAUUGUCUCCGUCGAUUACCGAUUAGCCCCCGAGCACCCGCUUCCGGCCGCCUACGAGGAUUCAUGGGCCGUUUUCAAAUGGGCCCUAAACCAUUCCGACGGAAACGGCCCAAACGAGUGGCUCAAUUCUCGUGUUGAUUUCGGGCGAAUUUUUCUUGCUGGUGACAGCGCUGGCGCUAACAUCGUCCACCACAUGGCUCUGCGAGCGGGCCUUCAGGGACUUCCUGCUGGGGCUAAUCUGAAAGGGAUCGUUUUAGUUCAUCCGUAUUUCUGGGGGAAAGAGCCCAUCGGAGCCGAGGCUAACAACGGAGCCGCUGCCGGGGAUGAAGCGCAUGCGGGAGUUUUAUGGAAGUUUGUAUACCCGUCAUCGGAGAAUGGAUCGGAUGACCCGUUUAUAAACCCGAAUAUGGAUCCUAAUGUGGGGAAGUUGGGUUGCGGAAGAGUGCUGGUUUGUGUGGCGGAAAAAGAUGGGUUAAAGGAUCGCGGGUGGUUUUAUAGCCAAGUGUUGAAGAAGAGUGGGUGGGGAGGGUCUGUUGAGGUCAUAGAGGCCAAAGGUGAAGGUCACGUCUUCCAUUUGUUCAAUCCCAAUUCUCAUAACGCUGGCGUCUUUAUGACUCAAAUCUGCAAUUUUAUCAAUCAAUAAGGCAUGAAUCUGGCUAGUACGUGACAACUGUUAUGUAAUUUUCUAUAGGCGCUUUCACAAUGUUGUUAAUGGGCAAAUGUGAAACUAUUGAAGGGAGAGCAUGGAGAAACAGAGACAGGUAAUGGAACCAGUGAAGAUAAAGUUGAUCAGCUAUAUAUAUAUAUUAUCUAGUCUUCCGUUUUGAAAAUAAUAAAUAAAAAAUAAAGUGAACUUGUAUUGAUUUUCUUUCCUGUUCGAACAAUGAUGAGACGGUGUAGUUGUAACUUGUUUGUAAUAAUGUCGUGCUGAAAUUAUUUUA